AUGUCUUCCUCCACGUUACAGAAGACCCUAUCCACACCUGUCAAGGCAGCACAGUCUCCAUCGUCAGAAAGCCCCGGCAACUGGAAACAUCCUCGACUCCAAGAGAUUAUCCGGCGACAGAAUGCCAGUACCUUUAGCGACAAGAACGUGAAGAAGAUCGCCUGGAACGUCGCUGCUAUUUCGGCUGCCACUGCGUUUGUCGCCGUCCUUUACAGAUACUUUCCCAUUGCACCGGAUGGCGGAUUUGCCAACUUUAUCGGAUGGGUUCACAAACUCUUCGUCUUGGUACCGCUUUUCAAUAUCGGCAUCGCUCUGCUCCCCCUUGUCCGACCAAAAGACGAUCUAUCCGAUAUACCCUUGACUCCGGGACAACGCAAGCUACUAGGUCUUGCGCCUUCCUCGGCACCUCCUACGCCAGGAUCAGUGUAUAGCACGCCCCCGCGCUAUUCUCGAACUCCAUCCUUGUCAGGAUCAACUGGCAAGAGGAGCUUCUCAGGCCUGGACAGCCCGUCGGCGUAUCGCAGUCCUACAGAAGGCAACAGUGGUGGCUUUAGUGGCAAGGAGUCGACUUGGUCUCCUUCGGGAAGCCAUCUUAUCCAGAAGGCCAUGAAUGGUGCCAGACGGUCAUCAAUAGGAUCAAUGGGAUCGCCGAGCCCCUUUGCGAAGAGCUUUGGCGCAAGCACAAAUUUUGGAGCAAGUACAAACUUUGGAGCAAGCACAAAUUUUGGCGCAAGCACAUCAAUCUUCGGCGGUGCUCCCCCAGACAGCCCAAGCCCUAGUCCUAUAAAUGGGAAGAGAAGCAGUGUUUCACUCAACAAUAAAUGGCUAUAUGAGCGGGGUAGGAGGAGCUCAGGUAAUGCCUGGGCAAGCUGA